AUGCGAUUGCGCGGCAGCAAAGGGGCCCGACUCGGCCAUGGGAGGCUCCAACUGUCUACCGCACAGCUGCCCCGAUCAACCCCCCCAGCCCAAGCCAAGCCAGCCGACGGAACCAUCACUCGAGGGAAGAGCAAGAACCCAAGACCCAAGGACAAUCCGAACACAACUAUCAUCAUCGAACCACGCCCGACAUUGAAUAAGCCAACCAAACAGCCAUAUCCCAUCGAUCCCGUAGGCGUCAUGAAAGUCGAAACUUGCUCUUUCUCCGGAUACAAGAUUUACCCCUCAAAAGGUAAACUGUAUGUACAAAAAGACUCGAAAGUCUACCGUUUCAUUCGGUCCAAGGAAGAAAGCCUUCACCUUCACCGAAAGAACCCUCGAAAACUAUCAUGGACCGUUGUCUUUAGACGUGUCCGACGCAAGGGUGUCACCGAAGAAGUAGCCAAGAAGAGGUCGAAGAAGUCCAUCAAAGCCCAGAGAGGGAUUGUUGGUGCCGAUCUUGCUACCAUCCUUGCCCGACGGAACCAAAAGCCUGAGGUCCGAACCGCCCAAAGGGAAGAGGCUAUCCGAAAAGCCAAGGACGAGAAGAAGAAGAAGGCUGAGGCUGCCAAGAAAUCGGCUGUCAAGGCUCCCAUGGGCAAAUCAACUGCUCCCAAGGUAUCCAAGCAGCAAGCCAAAGGAGCUAAGCCUGCUAACCGAUGA